AUCAAACAGUGAGUGAAUCUGGCGUCCUGCGGCUGAACAAGCAGCACACACACGAAUCGGCUAUUUUCACUUGCCACGCAGCGUGGACUUGUUUGUCAGCCGGGGUCAAGGUUCGCUCCUCCGCGGGUGGGGAAAGGUCUGCAGCAAGCGCCCGCGGAUGAAUGUCUCAUCUCUUCCAGAAAGGGCGUGAAGGAAGGAGCCCGGGUUGCUCUCGGCGUCGUCGUGGGAAUGAGCUGCCGCAGAAAAGGACCGCAAAGUGGAAAUCAACGCCGCUGACGACAAUCUGAAGUGUGCUCGUCAACAAGCGUCAUGUCGGCGGUGAUGAUCAGCAGCAGGAAGGUGCGGAAAUGGGAGAAGCUGCCGGGCAAGAACACUUUCUGCUGCGAUGGACGAGUGAUGAUGGCCCGCCAGAAGGGCGUCUUCUACCUGACCCUCUUCCUCAUCAUCGGGACCUGCGCCCUCUUCUUCGCCUUCGAAUGUCCGUACCUGGCUGUCCACCUGUCCGCCGCCAUCCCAGUCUUCGCCGCUGUGCUCUUCCUCUUUGUCAUAGCCAUGCUACUUCGGACCAGCUUUAGUGACCCGGGGGUCCUUCCUCGAGCGCUCCCUGAGGAGGCCACGUUCAUCGAGAUGGAAAUCGAAGCGGCCAACGGGAACGUCCCCAGCGGGCAGCGACCGCCGCCUCGAAUCCGCAACGUUGAGAUCAACAACCAGAUCGUCAAGCUCAAGUACUGCUACACGUGCAAGAUCUUCCGGCCUCCGCGAGCGUCCCACUGCAGCAUCUGCGACAACUGCGUCGACCGUUUCGAUCACCACUGCCCGUGGGUGGGCAACUGCGUGGGCAAGAGGAACUACCGCUACUUCUACUUGUUCACGCUCUCGCUCUCGCUGCUCACCAUUUACAUCUUCACCUUUGACAUCGUCCACGUGGUCAUGCGUUCAGUGGAUGAUGGCUUUUUGAGCACUUUGAAGGAAACGCCUGGAACCGUGCUGGAGGUGCUGGUGUGUUUCUUCACGCUGUGGUCUGUGGUGGGCCUGACCGGCUUCCACACUUACCUGAUCUCGCUCAACCAGACCACCAAUGAGGACAUCAAAGGAUCCUGGUCAGGGAAGAACCGAGUGCAGAACCCCUACAGUCAUAAGAACAUCUUGAAAAACUGCUGCGAGGUGCUUUGUGGGCCCACGUACCCGAGCGUCUUGGACCGACGGGGCCUGAUGCACGAAGAUUCGCCCGUUUCGACAUCGUCUGCCGCACCAUCUUCCUCCUCCUCGUUAUCCUUCUCCAAUAACAGCAAGGCAGCGCCACCGACCACCAAAACCCGAGCGCCGCUCAUCCCAAACGAGCACACGCCUGACGACGCCGAGCCGGGCGUCGCCGGCCCGACGGAACGCGACGACGACGACGACGACGACGACCGUCCCCCUUCGUCCUUCGUCCCGCCUCUGGCUUCCCCCGAGACAGACGCCGAGGCCUCCGCCGCCAAGGACCACAACCGCUAGCCGCCUUCCUCCGAGUCCUGCCCGGGCGGGAACUCUCAUAAUAACUCGAGGCCGACCGCCGCGCCGGCGACUCGUUUCCUCCCCUUCCCCUACGUGAGUGACGCGUCCUCCUCCGGGGCGAGGAAGGAUUUCACGGAACGUCGGCAUCUUCCCGUCUCCCGAACACUCGGCUUGACGAGUCUCGCCGAGGGAGGGCAAAAAGUCUGCAUGAGAAACCCACGGGAGCUCCGAUCGGAUGACUUUUGUUCCAAACCUCGUAUUAACUCGAAAGCGAGCGGCCAAUAUACUCCAAGCGAGCGGCCGACACGUGUCAAGCCUCAUUCAGUAGCGCCCCCUCUUUGCGUCGUGCACACAUGACAUGCUCUAUGCAAAUCGACACGGCUGGACGAGCGGUCUUUGUGUGUCGCCGACGCAUUCAGGCAAGUUCGACAUUGGAUGUUUUAUAUUAUGUUAACUGCUGCAGUCAGUACUGUUACUAGCAAUGGAAAUGCCUGUCUUUCCUUCCUUCCUUUUUUUAUAUACAUAAUUGUUCAAGGGGUGUAUCAUAUUCUGUGACACUGGCUUUACGCACGAUAUACAGUAUCUUCCCCAUUUGUGUGUGUGUGCGGGCGCGUGUGUGUGUUAGCGAGUAGCAACUGUGCCUUAUAAUGGACGCAACACGUCUGCAAACGGAGACGCCCCAAACAGUGUUAAAUAAGAAAUGUCAAGAUCGAAACUCUUAGAUGAGAGAGCCACAUACACCUUCAGGCGAAAGUUCAAGAAAGAAAUCCAAUAUAUAAGUCGUUUUGAACCGUUGAACUGUUCAAUGUUGCUUAUUGUGCAUUUUUCCUUCAUCCGAAAAGUUCACCACAGUCCAACAGCCCCGAUCGUUUUGUGAGUAGUGCUUAAUAGGUUUCCCAUUUAUUUACUUUCUUGCUGAGAGUCACAUGUAAAGAUUGAGACUCCGAUCCUCCAGUUCACAGGCGUGGCGAUCAUCGCUUAGCAUAGCGUAGCAUACAUUUGGGGUAAAGAACGAGGUUAAAAAAAAGUUUCAGAUCUGCCAAGACUGCAGGCAAGGGCGCGAGAGGAAAUGACACGGAGGAAUCCCUUCUGACCCACUGCGGAUUUCUUUGAACUUUUCCCCAUUGGAAAUAAUGCCAAUAGAAAUAAUCCGUCACGGGAAGUUCUAUGUACAAUUUUACAUUUGUAGCUGUCAUACAAGUUUAAACAAGUCCUCCGUUGUUAAUCUUUAAACAUAAAAACAAAUAAAACUGUUUCGGUGAUGUUUUUGUGCACACAUCAACACUUAAGUGGGGUACACCCGUACCGAUUUCUAACCGAUUUUUAUCAUGCGAGAGACACAGCGUGAUGAGAAAGAGAGGAAACAAACAAAAACAAAAAAAAGCAUCUGUGCUCUUAGUGUAGCGCUCACAUGGCGAUUUCUCGACCGACAAUCGCGGGGUACGUCCCCCCCAAACCAGAAGUCAGCUGUAGUACCAUGACUGACUCGUGAGAGGCAGCAAAGUGCCACAGGGCAUUCAGACUGCUGCAAAAUAGAAGACGAUGAGAGUAGCACUAAAAGAAGAAAUGAAAGGACAUCUCAGUCACGGAAUCCGUGGCUCGGCCCGACUCGGUGUUUACCACACACGUAAGGAUUUGCGAUCGUAAACACUUGCGGUUAUUGCCGUGACCGUUUUCCCAGCCCAUCGGGAAGGAAAAAUCACUCGACGCACCCCAGACCACAGGAUAAUCGUUCGGGAUAAUCUUUCAGAGAUGUCCAAUAAUCGGGCCUGAGCUGACUCUUAUCGGAAAAGAAGAACAAUGCUUAAAUUCCGACCGAUAAUCGAAGUGCGUACUAGGAGUUGAAGGACUAAAGAUUGUUUGUAGUCAAUGAUAAUUUGAUGAAAGUAGAGUUGAAAUUGAUUCGUCGGUAACUGCGUCGCCAUGUCGGCUGGGCUUUUCGCUGCGCCACGCAGCGGGCAAGUCGGAAUUCCUCUGUAACUUGGCCGAGUGCAGGACAAGGUGCCACGAAUACGCGAUUAGCCGUGAGUCAACCUCAAACCUUAGUCGUCAAUUCGGAGUCGCGAAGUGACUCGUGGGCUAAUCUGUUCAACCCCUCCUGUGCCCGGCCGGCUUUAGACCGACUCGGCCAAAGCUAACGAAAUCAGUCCGUCCCGACUCGCAGCAAGAAAACCCAACAAGAUUAAGCACUUUCUUGAGCGAGUAUUGUUCUUAGAAAUUUCGGGGGGGGAAACCUCGCACUUCCAACUCGCGAUGAGGAGUGAAAACUAUUCGUUUGGACAGUGGUGAGUAAGACGCAAAAAAUCCCCCCCAAAACCCCAAUAACAAGUAAAGCCAUUGUUGAAUUGUACAUAUAUUUACGAGUGUGGAUGCAGUGAAAGAGGCAAAAGAAGCAAGGUUGUUCCCGAGCGCCGCCUAAAACCCAAAUAUCACACCCGAGCCAAUCUUCCCCCAGGAGUCCACUCUCUUUCUCCAGCUGCCCUGUCAGAGGAAACAAAUUUGCAUUUUCAUUUGCAUGGUUCCAGUGCAGGUUGUCUUUACUGCAGGAAAUAAAAACCGGAGGAGGAGAUGAGCGUGAACGAUGAGGCUGGAGUCGCAGGAGGAAAAGUGUGAUCAAAGUCAGGCUCAUUCUUGGUGUUGAAAACGACGCUAGCGAGUUUGUGAUUGUGCACCGUUGUGUCGUAUGCGAGAAAGAACAAGUGUUAGUGUGUAGAAGUGAGAAGUGUCAGACCCUGCCAACAGUUGUGGUUGAAAGUGGCCAUUUUUAAUAUAUUACUCACGUGGGUUAAUUUAUAUUAUACAGUAGCCGAAGUGGCGAAGGAAUUGCUGAUUUGCGAAGUUUGGUGAUCCCUGGCAGCUGAUUUUCUUUGUGACACGAUGUUGUGAAAAUGUUAAGAAAUGAGGACCGGUAUUGGAGCCUUUUCAUGAACACUAACUAUUUCUUUUUACUAUAUGAGGGGAAAAAGAAGAGAUUUGGAGAAGCGUGAAUGUAUGCGACUGAUAUUCAUAACAGUAUCCAAUAUUUCCUUUAAAUGGUAUGUAUGAUAUUUUUGGGGGUGAUAAAAUGCUGUGAUCAGAUCUGAAUGCUCUGAUAUAAUAUAUAUAUGUAUAUAUAUAUAUAUAUAUAUAUAUGACAUCAUGUAGACAGUAAUCCUUAUGUUCACUUCGUUUGGUCUCAACACUGUGAUACUACUGUGUAUUUCAUUCCAGUUACUCCAUUUCUUUUUACAUGUUAAAUAUGUCUUGUAAAUAAAACCAUAGUCUUAUUAUUAUUCAUCUUUCACAGUUGAUAUUUUGAAACUCAAAAGGGACAUAAAUUGGAACGUCAUCAGCAUAACAUUGAAAGGAAAAGCCAUGCUUUCUCUGGAUUUGUCCCAGGCGCAACAAAUACACAGAGAAAAGCAGUGGCCCUAAAAUUAAACCCAGUGGCACCCCACACAGCCUCAUUCAUGUCAAAAACAGCACUUUCGCUGGUUUUAGGAUUAUAUGAUCAAUGAAAAUUGGUUAGUAAUCAAAAAGGGUUAGUCAUUUGACUUAGCAUCAAACCCUGAAAUUACAAACAAUAUUAUUAUGAAAAUAAUUUAUUUUCUUUCAUUCCUGAUAAAUGACUCAAAUGCAUUCUGGGAGUUACUUUUUCCUUUGCAAACAAUGUUCAAUGGCACUAUUCUACGUUAAAUGACCCUAGUGAGGAUAAGCGAAGUAGAAAAUGGAUGAUUUAUUUCUAUUAUAUAUUGUGAGUUGAGAUAACCUUAGUAAAUUCCAUUAGAUUGUGUGCACUAAACGCAAUGAUUAUAGAGCUCAUGUCCAUUUUCUGUACUGUAUGUAAUCAGUAAAUUAAAAAAAAAUAUAUUUUUUAAAAGAACAAACUGGUAAAUGUGAGAUACAGCUAGUUACUUUAAAAAAAAAAAAAGCUAAGUUGAUUCAUUUUCAUGGCAACCGGUUUUACACAAUGUAUGAGGAAGUUCAUUUUGGGUUCAAUUAGCAUUAAUUAAAUGUCGUUAACAUGCAAUUAUGUAAGACAAAAUGGCUAUAAAACAUUAAAAGUCAAUGUAAUGUUUUCAGUGUUCAUUAUGAAUUGUCAUUAAGAUGCACAAAUGGGAGACACUACAAAAGAAUCAUUUUACAGCACGUGGAAGAGUGUAAUACAGCUCAUAGUACGAGUAAAAAGACUACUCCCUACUGAAGGGUGAAAUGCAAUCACAAAACAAGAAGAUAAUGACAAUUUGAAAAGGUCACUUUCUUGGAACCCACACGAAGCAGUUUGUUUACCAAAGUACAACAGAUUUGGAUGGAGAGUUCUCA